AUGCAGCUUCCCAGGUGGUUGCCAGGGGCCUGUCUGUGGUUGCUAUGCAUUUCAGAAGUCUGGACAGCAACCUUUAAGCUGGCUCUGAUUGGCCCGUGGUCAUGUGACCCCAUGUUCUCCCGGGCGAUGCCGUCGGCGGCAGCCAACCUGGCGUUGUCACGGUUACGUAGCGACAUGGGUAUGAGCCGAGGAUACUGGUACGACGUCAAACUGCUGGACGAGAGCUGCUCCGCCUCCAAAGCGCUGACAGAUCUCGGGGACAUGGAGGGUUAUGGCCACGCCUACAUCGGGCCCUUUAACCCCGCCCUCUGCCACGCUGCCUCCCUAUUCGCUCAGCACUGGGAGGCAGGCCUUGCCUCGCCAGGCUGUCUGGAUGCUGAUUGGCCGAACCUGCCGCCCAUCACGCCGCCCAGCAGGGUGCUGUUCACCGUGCUGCGGUUCUUCCGCUGGGCGCACGUCGCCGUGGUCUCUGCUCCAUCCGACCUAUGGGAGAGCACCGGACAGGAAGUGGCCUCGGCGCUCCGAGCUCUGGGCCUGCCGAUUGGUCCAGUGGUGACCAUAGAAACAGAGAGCAAGGGCGGACCUCGGGAGGCGCUCAAAAUUAUCAGAGAAGCCGACAAGGUCAAAGUGGUGAUAAUGUGCAUGAGCUCGGUCCUGAUUGGUGGACAGGAUCAGGAAGAGCUCCUAUUGGCUGCUCUGGACAUGGGGAUGGUUUCCGACGGUUACAUCUUCAUUCCGUAUGACGCCCUGCUGUACGCCAUGCCGUACCAGGACACAGUAUUUCCUCAGCUGACCAAUAACACGAAGCUUCGUCGCGCCUACAGCUCCGUGCUGACCGUUACCAUGGCGUCGGACCAGAGUUUCUACGAAGCUUUUCGUCAGGCUCAAAUAACCCGAGAGAUUCGCUCUGCUGUGGCUGCUACUGAGGUUUCUCCGGUCUUUGGGACGAUCUUCAACAUGGUGUACUUUGUUGCUAAGGCGGUGGAGGAGCGUCGUCAGGCAGGGGGCGGGCACUGGGUGAAAGGUGAUCAGCUCGUCCAGUCAGAUGGAGGCUUUGAUUUCCAGGGCUUCAAUCAGGAGUUGUACGGCGGUAAAAAUGGGCGUGGCCUGCAGGCCAGGUACGUGGUGUUGGACAGUAACGGCGACCGCUUCGUGCCGACGCACACGCUCGCUCCGACGCACACGGACGGGAUGGUCGGGGGUCUGAGACCACUGAGUCACUCCUUCAUCUUCCCUGGAGGAAAACCCCCCACAGCCAGCUUCUGUUGGUUCAGUCCAGAGGAGGCCUGCAGUAGUGGUUUGGGCUCUGUGACAAUGUUCUUCAUCUUCCUGGUACUCUGCGCUGUGAUUGGAGCUUUCAUCUACUGGUUCAGGAUUUACAGAAGAGUGAGCACGACCAAACUGGUUCUGACUCUGGACGACAUCGUCUUCAUCGACACUCAAGUCAGCAAGAAGAAACUGAACGAUGAGUCGAUCAUGAGGAGUCUUCUGGAAAUAAAUACUCCGAUGCGCUCGAUCGCUCGAAGUUACAUCCUGACGUCACCUGAGAGCUCCAACAUCGGAAUCCUGGAGGGUGACUGGGUUUGGCUGAAGAAGAUCCCCGUUGAAAGGAAGAUAACAGCUGUGAAUCAAAGCACUCUGAGUCUUUUCAGCCAUCUGAGGGAGAUGCGACACGAGAACACAAACCUUUACGUGGGAUUGUUCGUGGACUCAGGGAUCUUUGCUCUGGUGGUGGAACACUGUCCUCGGGGGAGUCUGGCCGACCUGCUGGCCGACGGAGACAUGAGACUGGACUGGAUGUUCAAGUCCUCGCUGCUAAUGGACCUCAUCAAGGGGAUGAAGUACCUUCAUCUACGAGGGUUGAGUCACGGCCGUCUGAAGUCCACAAACUGUUUAGUCGAUGGACGCUUCGUUCUGAAAAUCACAGACUAUGGACUUCCCAUGAUCCUUCACUCUGAGAACAUCAGCCUUCCCGAGGACCCGCAAGAGCUGCUGUGGACGGCUCCAGAGCUCUUGAGGAAUCCGGUCCGAGGAGGUUCAUUUUCUGGAGACGUUUUCAGUUUCUCCAUCAUCAUACAGGAAGUGAUCUCACGAACUCUGCCUUACGCCAUGAUGGACAUGCCUGCCCAGGAGAUCGUGGAGCAUCUGAAGCAUCCCCCCCCUCUCUGCAGACCGAUAGUUUCGGUGGAUGAAGCUCCGGCUGAGUGUCUCAGUCUGAUGAACGAGUGUUGGAGCGAAGAUCCGAGUCAGAGGCCCGGCUUCGACCACAUCUUCAAACAGUUUCGGGGCAUUAACAAAGGGAAGAGGGCGAACAUCAUCGACUCGAUGCUGCGGAUGUUGGAGCAGUACAGUUCCAACCUGGAGGACCUGAUCAGAGAACGAACUGACGAACUGGAGAUUGAGAGACAAAAGACCGAUAAGCUGAUCGGACAGCUGCUCCCAAAGUCCGUGGCUCAGGCUCUGAAGAAAGGGAAGCCGGUCCAGCCUGAACAUUAUUCAGACUGCACUCUUUACUUCAGCGACAUCGUUGGAUUUACAACCAUCUCAUUUCUCAGUGAACCCAUCGAGGUGGUCGACCUACUAAACGAUCUCUACACGAUGUUUGAUGCUAUCAUAGCGCGUCAUGACGUCUACAAGGUAGAAACAAUUGGAGAUGCCUACAUGGUGGCUUCAGGUAUUCCCAACAGAAACGGGAAUCGGCAUGCAGGAGAAGUGGCCAACAUGUCUCUGGAACUGCUGCACUCAAUCGGAGAAUUUAAGAUCAAACACAUGCCAGAGAUCAAAGUCAAGAUACGCAUUGGACUGCACUCAGGUCCAGUGGUGGCAGGUGUUGUCGGUCUCACAAUGCCCAGGUAUUGUCUGUUUGGAGACACAGUGACCACGGCCUCACUCAUGGAAUCCUCUGGACUGCCCUACAGGAUCCACAUCAGUCUGAGCACGGUGAAGGUUCUGACCAGCCUCAAAGCGGGGUACCACAUAGAGACCAGAAAGGCCCAGGUGAAAGGAACUGUGGACACGUAUUGGCUGAUGGGGAGAGACGGCUUCGAUAGUCCACUUCCUGUUCCUCCAGACCUCACCGGAGGGUCGGGUCAUGGGAUCAGUCUGGACGAGGUUCCAGUUGAAAGAAGACAAAAGUUUCUGGACCGACAGAAGAUGAUAAAGAAAUGA